AUGUUCAACGACAUCAGCCUGCCUCCACCCCCACUUCCAGCCUCGGAGCGAACUCAAUUAGCACCGGGGAUAGCGAGAUUACUCCCUCUGUCGCGCCGGGGUUAUGGGCCCGGACUGAUCCUCCUUGGUCCAGAUACAGACCAACCUACUCAAAUCGUCGAUGGGGUCCCGUCUCAUCUAGUCAAGUGGGCUGAAGAAGGGUACGCUGUGGUUGAGAUCCAGCGGCAGGCGUUGGUGGACCGUCCGGAAGAGGCGCUCACCCAAGCUGUCGAAGCGCUAGAAGCCUGCGACAAAUGCAUUCCGAAAGACAAAAUUGGCCUGAUUGCGUACGAUUAUGAAUCAUGGAACCAUGUGGUCUCUGCCUUGACGACCAUUCCCGCCAUCGUGGCGGGUGUCAUUUUUGGCAGUCUGUCUAGCAGCCCAGUCUCAGAAUCUGCCGGUCUCCCAAUCUUGCAACAUCUGGCCGGGAAAAAGCCAGACACACCUUCUCAAAACGAUGGCCUCAAAGUUUUCUACUAUCCAAAUGCCAAGUCGCAUCGAUUUGCAACGCCGUUUCAAGACGAGUUUGACUACUGGGCAGAGUCUGUCUCGCAUACGCGCACACUGCAAUUUCUCAAACCUUUCCUGAAUGGCCCUUAUUUCGACUUGGAACAUAUUUGGGAAGAACAUACAUAUUAUGAGUUUGCCGAUCGAUCGGUCGAUCAUACAAUGAGUACUAUGGUUGAUCAGCCUUAUGUCAAUCAUGUUCCUACGUUGACGGGUGGGAUUGGACGCGAGCGCUUGCACAACUUCUAUUUGCACAGCUUUAUCUUCAACAAUUCAGAUGAUACCGAUCUCGAACUCAUCAGUCGAACAGUGGGCAUCGACAGAGUGGUGGAUGAAUUCAUUUUCAAGUUCACUCACGACAAGCAACUUGAUUGGCUGCUGCCUGGAGUACCCCCAACCCACAAACACGUUGAGGUUCCAUUUACAGCUGUGGUCAACAUUAGAGGAGACAGACUGUACCACGAGCAUAUCUCGUGGGAUCAAGGCUCGGUGCUUAGACAGCUUGGCCUGUUGCCAGACUACUUGCCUUAUCCUUAUGCCUUACCCGAUGGCACUCAGCCGGCCGCAGGGAAGCGCUUCGAGUAUCGAGUACCAGUGGCAGGAGUCGAGUCCGCGAACAAGAUGAGAGACCACCAUUCGAUCGCAUCGAAUCAAAUGUUUGGGUAUCGGCUGCGCGAGGUACCCGAAUGA